AUGCUGACAGAACUGGAAUUUCACUGUCCACACACAGCCGAUCUGCUCGGACUCCUUAAACAACUGGGUCUGUCGCCGCCGUCCGGACAAACUACAACCGCGCCAUCGUCCCUUCAGGAGGAUCCUGUACCUCGCAUCUACAAGAAGGAGGAUUAUUGGCUGAACUUAAAGCCUCUGGUGAGUCCGCGAAUGAGUCCCAGCUCUGACGAUGUUCGUCCCGGGACGAACGAAAGCUCAUCUCGUCUUCGCCCGAAACGAUGGAGGAUGUCUCGUGGACUGCAUCAAGCGGAACGUCGUGAUAAGGCCAAAUGGCUGGAGUACAACGCGAAUGGCACAUACUUCCAUACGAAAUGA